CGCCGAGCACGUGCAUUUUGUUUUGUAACGUGAUGACGCCACGCGUAGAUUAUAGGAAGUAGUUUGAAUUUACACCAAGUAAACACAGCAGGGACCAAUACUACUCAGUGUCCAGCGAAAUUUCAAAGAAUGGGCGUGAAGGGUCUACAGUACUUCAUGGACCGCUGCUGUCCAGAGGCCUGUGUGACAGUGAACCUGAGAGAGAUGGCCAGACAGCAGCAGGCCUCCGCAACCGCACCUCACACCAGCAACCCCACACUUGUUGUGGAUGGUAUGGCCUGCUUGCGCCACUGGUAUUCAUAUAAGGACUGGGCAUGUGGGGGCCAGUGGAGGGAGUACUUGGAUAUCCUAAAGAGAUGGGUUGAGGCAUUUACGUCUGCAGGCAUCCGACUGGUCUUUUUCUUUGAUGGAGUAGUGGAGGAGCAGAAGAGGCAAGAGUGGGUGAAGAGGAGACGCAGAGUGAACGGGAAGAUUUCAAAGAUAUUUUGUCACAUAAAAGAGCAUGGAGAUCAGCCGGGUAGAGAGCUUUUUUGUCUGCCCUCGGGAUUGGCGACAUUCACACCCUUUGCUCUCCGGUCAUUAGGUCAGGAAGUGUUUUGCUCAGUGCGGGAGGCAGACUAUGAGAUUGCCAGCUAUGCUCGCCAGCAUGGCAGCAUGGGUAUUCUGGGAGAGGAUUCAGACUUCAUCAUAUAUGACAGUGCCCCUUAUUUGUCUGUGGCAAAGCUGCGGAUAAACAGCCUCACCACUGUCAUGUACGACCGACAGAGGCUCUGCCUAACCAUUGGACUGGCUGUUACCCAGCUACCGCUGCUGGCCUGUCUCCUGGGUAAUGAUGUGGUGUCAGAGGAGAAGAUGCGUGAUGUCAGGAACAAUGCGAUGGCAGCUUACAGGAAAAACAGUCCUGCACCACAUUAUGGUGCUCCGCAGGGGCAGGUGGUGCUAGCAGUGUCCCAACUUGUGCGCUCUCUGUGGAGUACAGAGGACGAGGAAGCUGAACUGGUUCCACAGUCUCUGAAUCUCUCGACUCCUCGUAGAGAGCUACUGAAGAAAGGUGUUUGCUUAUACACACUACCUGGACAGAAACGUCCCGAGCUGUGUGAAAUCUCCUCACUUCCCUCUGCUUUUGAAAAAUAUGUUAGUCCAGAAAUCCUAAAGGCAUGUAGAGAGAAGCAUGCAGCAGCAGAGGGUUUCAUGGUUUACACUGUCUUGUGUGUGGGUGUCACUGAGUGUAGCAACACUCUGGAGGAUGAGGAGGACACCGAGUUAGUGCCUCAAGCCCUCGUCUACAAACCCUGCAGACAACUCAUCUAUGGUCUCCUCCUUCUGCUUGGUCACAAUGGAAGGAUUGUGGACCCUCCAGCAAUCAGGGAAUGGUUUGUCUUCCCCGGAAACCCUUUGAAGGAACCUGAUAUCGUCCACCCUCUCCCAGUCAGCCUGCCCUGUGAUCAACCCAGUCUGGACUUGUUAUGGUUUAGCACGGGUCCUGACGUGGCUGCUCUUCGCCUGACAGCCUUCCUCACAAUUUUUGGCUGUCCUGAGUUUUCGGAGCUGCAUGGAGUUAUUGAAGACUCUCUCCUGGCUGCUCUCUGCCUGGUCACAUAUUUAGUCCUACAGGUACAAACUUUAUCUCUAGAAGACGUGGAUUCCUACCUGAGUCAAGCUGUGUGUCUGAGACUGAAAUCCUCUCAGGAGCUUCAACAGAUCGAGCUGCCUUUGUUUUCGAGUCGUGCGGUGCAGUUGGGAUCUCUGUACGUCCGAGGGCUGAGCCACCUGCUGGGUGCUAACUGUGCCAGCGGCUGCCCGCUGCCCAGCACUGCUCUAAUGCCCUGGCACAGCUUCGAUGGACGGCUGUUCCACUCAAAGUACCUGCUGGCUCACAGCGGCACAGAGAAAACUGAGCUGCUGGACCACGAUUCGUCCAGCCUGUCUCUGUUCCUCCAGUUAAGGGAGAAACUUACAGAAACUUGCAACAAGAAAGGCAGAGUCCUGCAGUCCAGACCCAACGCACCACAGUCACGUCCUAAAACCACAACACAAACCGGAUACAGACACAGACACUCGGGUUGGGCUCCCAGAGGUGGUACGUGUUGGAGGGAAAGAGAGGAGACGACGGGUGGCCAUUGGCGUGGACGGGGACGGAGGGAGCGAGAGGAAGAAACAGAAGCUCGAAGAGAAUAUGAAAGCACAGACGGGCCGUGGGCGAGAGGAGGACACAGCGAAGGAGGUCGUCAUUUUCACUCAUUUUAUCCUGACGACCACGAUCGAGGAAAUCAGAACACAAGACGCCCUCCGAAUCCCAGAGGUCGAGCUUAUAACAACAGAGGGAAAUACCAGCUGGCUCCGAGAUGGCCGCAACCUCCGGCUCCAGGAACAUAACUCGACAAGGAUUAGAGGGGAGGACUUUGGCAGUUAAGAGGAUGGGAAAGACACGGUGAAAGAAGAUGAGGAAUCUAAUUUCUCUGAACAAACUGCUUAGUGAAUGAGCUGUCAGGAGUAUUUGUCCAAAGGAUGCAGGAGGUAAAUGAAUGGGGAUUUAGAGAGGGAGGAAUGAAGAGGUUUGGAAUGUGUCUGACGUUUCAUUUGUCAGUUUCGUCCGUCACCAGCCUCGGCUUAAUCUCAGAAAAACCUGUUUUACUAUUACACAAAAUGAACAGCAUGAAGCCAUCAAACAAGCAGUAAAUGAGACGCUUCCAUCUUACAUCUGAGAGGUGGAUUAACAGGUAACCCUUGAGGCUGUUUUUAUGUUUUAUCUCAAACAAUAAAAAGGCGAAGAUCUUAAAA